UGCGUCAUGAGCUUCAAACACUUUAAUGUCAGACGUUUCCGAGGCAGAAUUAGUUCAAAUCUUGACAACCGAGAAGGCUUAUAGAAGAACGGUCAUAUUGCCCUCUUAAAUGAUGCAUAUCAAAGCGACUAAAGACUCGAACUUGGAGGAAAAAAGACCACUCAGCGUGGCAACGGUGGAAGAAGCUCUGACAGCGACAGGUUUCGGGAAAUACAACUUCGGCCUCCUGUUGAUAUGCAGUUGGACGCUACAGGCAAUGGGCAUGGACCUAUUCGGCACCAGCUUCGUGGUGGCAGCCGCCGUCUGUGACCUCGAGUUAUCACUGCAGCAAAGGGCGCUUCUGACAGCCACACCUUUAGUGGGUGUGGUCUUGGGUGCCCAACUGUGGGGCUACGUGUCCGACACGAAGGGUCGCCGCCUCACACUGGUACUGUCCAUGGCCGUCGGCUUCGUGUUCGCCGCUCUCAGCAGCUUCGCACCUGAAUGGAAGAGUAUGGCUUUUAUGAAACUCAUUUCGUCUACCUUCACAUCUGCUAGUAAUUCCGGCGCAUACACCUUACUCGGUGAAAGUUGUCCUGAGAGGUCCCGAGGACGCAGUAUGUUGCUUUGCACCUGCUCUCUUAUGUGCUCACAGGCUGUAGUCGCUGUAUUUGCCUUUCCAAUUCUCCCGAUGAAGUUCUCCUACUGGAUUGAUUUCCUCGGCAUCUACUACAGACCUUGGAGGCUACUCGCUUUCAUCAUGGCAAUACCAUGUGCAUUGACCGCUUGUUUGCUACAAUUCUUUGAGGAAAGCCCUAAGUUUCUGGUGUCAAGAGGUCAACCAGAUCGAGCGUUAAAUGUGCUGCAAAGAAUCUAUGCUUGUAACACGGGGCACAAAGCAGACCAAUUUCCCGUAAAGAAACUCAUGCAAGAACAGGAAAUUGCAACCACACUGACUGAGACUGACUCUUUCUUUUCCGCACUUUGGCAGCAGACAACAGCUCUGUUUCGUCGUCCACUGCUAAAGGACACUCUGAAGCUCUUCUAUAUCGUUACUGUAAUCUACAUGACAGGGAGUGGCUUCAUCCUCUGGUUGCCUUAUAUUAUGAACAAUCUCUUUUCGGUGUUGGAGACAGGAGAAGGCGCAGGAAUGAAUCUCUGCACAGUCAUCCGAUACUCAACUGACAUUUUUGCAAACGCAGCAAAUAAUAACACAAUUCAAGAAGUUUGUAAUGAUACAAUACAGCCAACUACCCUUAUCUCUGCGAUGUCGUAUGGUGCCUUAGCCAGUUUAUCUAACCUGGUUUUGUCACUUACGUGUGGCUCCAGAAAGCGAUUAGCUAUGAUGGGAAUAGUAUCUCUAUCUGCGACAUCAGCUGUUCUGUUAAAUGUGGUCCCUAUCCCGAUUGCUGGGGGCGUAUUCUUUUUCCUGUUUCUGCUCUGUGCGCUAUCUAUGGGCAUCUUAAGCGUAUACUUUGUGGAACUUUAUCCCACAUCACUAAGAGGAAUGGCGUCAUGUCUCUCAGUGAUGCUGGGAAGAUCGAGCGCCUUCCUAGGAGUCAACGCUAUCGGAUACCUCAUAUCAGCCAAUUGUGAAGCAACAUUUUAUGGCUGGGCCAUUCUACUUUUAAGUGCCAUAAUCGUUACCUGGUUCUUACCAAGCGAUAAACAGACACGGCAAUAAGACGGGGUUUUGUUGUAUUAGAACCCCGAAUUACGCGAAAUUAACGUUUACGACUGAAGAGAAACGAAGGUGCUGAAAUUACGUUUCCUCAAACAAAAGAUCUAAGAAGGAAGUAUGUCUAGGAGGUUCUUCUGAAUCUUGUAUUUUGACUGAGAGAUGACUUUGACUUGCACGAGAUGUGAUGUAAGAGUACCUGAUUUCUUCAUCUACGUACUGUGUUUAGGACUAGCGUAAACUAAUUAAGUUGUUAGGCUUUAAAAAUUACCUAAAGUGAAAACAUUCAUAUUAGAAAGAAUGUCUUCUUAAGUAAAUAAUAAAUACUUACCUCGUUCAAAAAUAUAAAGGUCAUGCAAUUCUUGAAGCUUAUUUUAGAGAGGUUUUACGAAUAUUUUAACUAAUAUAAGUGAUUUUAAGUUAUUGUAGUUAUAACAUGAGACUGGUUAUAAUUUAAAAUAAAAAUAAGUGUUUUAUUUA